AUGAGCAAAAAGAAUCAAAAACCAAAGUCUAAACCACCCCCAACCAGUCAAUCCAAGGCUCCAGAUGGUCCACCGAAAUUCGAGAUUUCCAAAGAAUCUUCUGGAAGCUCAUCCAGCCAAAAUGUGUCCUAUGACAGCAGUUUUAUUCAAAUUGGAAAUUUGAAAUUCUCAAAUUUGGAUCUUAAUAAUCUAGUGAGAAAGUCGGGAAGCAAUGAGAAAGACCUCACCGACGAUCCGGAUUUCAUGAAAAAGUUGGACGCCUAUGCAAGUGAACAAUCUCAAGCAAUUAUGGAUUCUACGGUCAAGACCCUCCCAUCAGCCACCGAGCUUCUGGAAAAGUUUCCGGUCCAACUGAAAAUCACCAGACUCGACGAAGACGUCUCCCACGAUGUCAAUCUAACAAAACCCUCAAAAUCCAACGACGCGGCAACUGAAGUGACUCGUCGAGACCGUAUAGUACACCUGACAAGACACAUCGAGCCGCAAAAACCAAAACGACCGGUGCGAAUUUAUAAGAAUCGGAAUAAGAAAGUCCUACUUGGAAAAUCAACAUUUGUGAAUCCCACUGGAGAGGACACUCCGUAUUUUCCAGAGAAAGCAGAUCUGGAUUUAAAGACUUUUCAAGAAUCGGAACUUGAAUCGAGCAAACUUCGAGAGAGGAAAUAUCCAUCGUUGGAUACGCAGAAAUUGUAUUAUAAACAUCCAAUUGGUGAGUUUAUAAAAUAA